AUGCAGGUGUCUGCCACCUCGCUUGGAGAAGCCCUCCGACAAUGUGGGGUGAUGGAUGAAGUGGACACAAUGGGCGAAGGCUAUGCACCAUCCUCCUCGUCCACCUCUGUCGCUACUCCGCGGCUGGAUCGACCGUGCUGGCUGACCGACGUGACGCCCUCGCUUCUUUGCUGUGAUGGCGGCCUUGUGGUGGAAGGAGAUUCCGGCGCUGUGUUGAACAGCGAGGGUUCGACGAUCCAGGGCCUCUUUGCGGCUGGUGAGGCCGUGGCCAACCGGCGUUCUGCCUCGCCAUUUCUUUCCUGUGUUGCAUCUGCGCUGAGGGCUGCAGAGGCUGCUAGCAAAGCGAGUCGGUUUCCAAGCGCGGCGUGGAAGGCUGUCGAGCCAGUCUUUCCCUCGAAGGCAGCCUCACCGCCGGCACCGACGGAGGACAGCAGCGUCAGGGGGCAGAUGGUGCAACAGCGUCUGCGUGAGCUGCUGUCCAAGCACCUCACUGUUGACGUCCUUCAGGGCGUGCUUGCCAGGGCACACCUGAAAGACGGCUCCCUCACGGCAGCCAGCGAUGAACUCCUGGCGCAGCUGCUCCCGGCUUUGGAGAUACCGACCACCUCCCAGGUGCUUCAGAUGUCCAUCAAAGAUCCGGGUGGUCUUCCCACUCGAACGAUGCAGACUGAUCUUCCGGAGGAGGGCGAGUUUCGGCCUCGAGAGGUGAACGCCAGUUGCGUGCAUUGUCGGCUGCCCCUUAAACUGCAGGUUUCUGCUUCCAAGGUCGCAGGCGAAACCACGGAGCCAGCAAAGACGAACGGCCAUGGUCCAGGCCGCUGUGCCUACGCCACUCUCCUUUACGGAAGUGGGGUGGAAUACUUCCUCGGGGCUUUGGUCUUGGGUUGGUCGUUGCGGGCACGUGGUUGCGAAGCUGAGCGUUUGUUGUUGCACACGGAGGAUGUUCCUCUGCCAUUUCUUGAAGCUCUGGAGAAAGUUUGGCUCCUGCGGCAGGUGGAUUACCUUCACGGCGACAAGGCGAUGUUCUACAACUGGGACGAGUCGCGCUUUCAGGACGUUUUCACGAAGCUGCAAGCCCUGAGCUGCACGGAGUUCGACAAG